AUGGCAGCGGCGAAUCUAGAGUCGGCGGCAGAGGACGAAGAGAAAGAGCCGCCGAAGGUUGGAGGUUUCGAAUCUUUCCAGUUCUCGUCCACCUCCAAGGCUGAAGAAGGCAGGGACGACGGCGACCUACACUCAAUCUUCACAGGAAUAGACCCUCUUUUCCUUCAUUUGGUGGGUCUCGACUGUCGCCGCCUUCUAAUCGGCAGAGGCGACAACUUCGACGGAGAAUGA